CUUUGACAAUGUCCACACGUCGAGUUGAACUUUUCAUGACCAGUCAAGAGAUUUCCAGGUGAUACAGAUAGUAGACAGAAGUUCAUGCAGAAACACGUAGUACGAUCUAUCUGCACGUCCGUUACACCAAGGUUUGCUCCUCUUCAUAGUAAUCUCCCCAUCCUUGGAGUUCACACUUCACGGUAUCGACCCAACAGUUACGUUUUACGAAAGUCAGAUCAGUGUACCCAGUUUCCACCCAAGAGGCAACCAUCCUUUCAAAACAUACGGUCCAGUUCAAGCAAAGCAAGACCCAAAAUGACAGACUGCACCACGCACCCCCUCGCCGGCCUAUGGCAGCCAACCCAACUCCAAAGCCUGCACUACGGCUCCGGCUCAGUGAAGAAGCACCUACUAGACUGCCUCCCAAGCGAAAAGAGCAAAGCAUUCAUCAUCACGGGAUCCAGCCUCGCGACCAAAACCCCGCUGAUAAAACAAGUCGAAGCCCUCCUCGGCGACAGACACGCCGGCACAUUCAGUAAGAUCGGGCAGCAUGCGCCCGUCGCACAGCUCGACGAAGCGACUUCCCUCGUCGAAAAAGACGGGUCUGUAGAUACUGUGAUCAGCAUCGGCGGCGGCAGUCCCAUCGACUCCGCAAAAGCCAUCAGCUACCGUCUGCACGACAAAACAGGGAACUGGCUCUUCCACAUCGCCAUCCCCACCACGCUGAGCGCAAGCGAAUGCACAAUGAUGGCCGGCUACACGCAAGCCGACGGCAUGAAGACGGGCGUGCGCGCAAAAGAACUCGUCCCCGCCGUCAUCCUCUACGACGCCUCGUUCGCGCUGCACACGCCGGAGCGGCUGUGGCUCGGCACCGGCCUGCGCGCACUGGACCACGCAGUCGAGCUCCUCUACCACCCGACGUGCUCCGAGGCGCCGGGGCGUUGGAUGGCACUACAAGCUGCAGCGAGCUUGUUCAAACACCUCCCCGCGUUCAAGCAGAAUCCCAAGGACGAGGAGGUGGCAACGCAGCUACAACUCGCCGCCUUCGCCUCGUUGGGCUUCAUGGGGUACAAUAUGAAAGGCGGACUUGGCCUCUCGCACGCCCUGGGCUACGCUCUCGGCUCCCCGUACGGUAUCCCCCAUGGGAUUACCUCGUGUCUUACGCUGGGCCAUGUCGUUAAGCUGAAGGCUGCGGACCCCGAGGCCGCGGCGCAGGUUGCGCGUCUGCUCCCGUUUAUCGGCGAGACGGCGUCUGGAAAUGCGGGGAAGGAUGCGGAGACAGUUGGGGAUAUGAUUUUGGAGCUGGUGGGGGACCUGGGGCUUGAUGCCGAUUUGAGGAAUUACGAGGUUGGGAGGGAUCAGAUUCCUGUUAUUACGAAGAGGGCGACGGGGCAGGAGGGUGGGGAGGUGUUUGAGCGGGUUGAGGGUUUGGUUAAGGGGUUGUUUGUUUAAAGGAGAAGAAAGAGAAGAGACAAAGGGGGUUGCUGGUGUGGAGGUUGGUGAGGGGUUUGUAUCUGUACUCCAAGCGAGUCAUAUCGUUCUGUAGAAGUUAGUUGUCGUGUACUAGAUUGUGAACAACACACUCA